AUGAGUGCCCAGCAGCCACGGUCUCCGGCGCGUCCGCCCCCGCCCGCCCUCUGGUCUCCAACUCUGGCGGUAGGGCCGCCGCGGGGUGACAAAGGCAGUGCACCAAACAAGGGGAUGGGCGUGGCAAGCGCCGACUGGGCUCGAGCCGCCUUCCUGGCCUGCGUCUUCCUCACCGCGGCAGCCGCGGCAGCCGAUCGGCAGCCAGAGAGGCGCCUGCUCCAAGACAUCAAGAACACACCAGUGGUAAUCAAUGCAACAAAUGUGGACAGCAUCGGAGUGGUCCUGGGUGGCUUGCAGAAUGGGACAACAGUAUCCUUGGACAUCGACACAGUGGAACUGAGGGAUGUUCUUACUGUUGAGGCUGAUCGCAUUACGAUUGUUGGGGCUUCUAACAAUGGCAGAACCGCCAUUAAGUGUGGAGCUCCCACUGCUGGCAUUGAACUGAGGGGCAACAAUAUCGUCCUCCAGAAUGUGGUGGUGCGGGAGUGCACCAAGACUGCAGUUGACAUAGUCAACCCUGAAGUUGGACAAUCACUCUUCCAUGAUGAGGGCAUCAGCACAGUCAAUGUAACCAUCAGGAAUGCAGCCUUCAAUGACAAUUGGAAUGCUGCAUCAUUUGGUGGAGGUGUGGCUGUACAUGCUGGUGUCAACUUGACAGUCGACAACUGCACGUUUGAUAAUAACAGUGCACUUACCGGAGGCGCCAUCUGGGCAACCAGCUCUAAUCUGACUGUCACCAACACCCGCUUUUUGAGCAAUGUGGGCCACAUCAAGGGUGGGGGCAUCCACAUUCUCAAUGAGGACGUUGUCAGGCAUCCGACCAUGCUACAUGUCAGCAAUUGUGAGUUUGUGGGAAACAAUGACACACGUGGAGGCGAAGAGUUUGAUUUUGAGCCAGAAUCGUUGGGCGGGGAGCCUGGGCGGUACCCCUUCCCUGUUCCACAGGAAUCUGGUGGCGGCAUCCUUGUCAAGGGCGUCUCCCAAGUUGUGAUCCGCAACAAUGACUUCCUAUCCAAUAUUGCAGUGCCGGGUGGGGGUGCUGUCUUCCUUGUCAAUGGAAUGGAUGUGGAGAUGGUUCGCAACACCUUCGUUGGCAACGAAGCAAGGGAGCUGGAGGGCGAUUCCAUCCAUGUCGCACAGGGGGGCGCCGUGUUUGCUGCAUCGGCGAUGGACACCACGUACAGCUUUACCAACAAUGAGUUCCGGAACAAUCGGGCAGCAUAUGGUGGCGGCCUCUGCUUGAUCGCAAACUCACAAGCCCAAGUUGACCUGGAUGGCAACGUGUUUGAGGACAAUGUUGGUUGGUGGGGGGGAGGCGCCAUGACACUACGGAAUGUGAAUGAUGUGGGCAUCACCAGAACUGUUGCACGAGGAAACAAGGCCCAAGUUGGCGGGGCCUUCCUGGUGGCCAACGGAGCUGUGCUGGAGGCAACUCUGAUUGAAAAAUCGGGGCCCCGCAAUUUGUUUGAAGACAACCAUGCAUUUUACGGUGGAGCCUUGUUUUUCCUGACGGCAGGCUCAGCGCUUCUGCAAUCCUGCGACUUCAACAACAACAGGGCAAAGAGGGAUGGCGGAGCCGUGGCUGCUGUGGACUCUCUCCCAAAUGGCAACUUGGACUUUCAAGGCUGCACAUUCUUUGCAAACAUAGCCCAGAGGGGCGGGGCGAUAUACACCAAUGGUGGGGCAGGACUGUUAAUUCGCCCAUCAGGCCUUCGGAAGCCAACCACCUUUAUAAAUAACCUGGCCCUGGUGGGAGGGGCCAUCUGUACCAGGGCGGAAAACGGAUUGCAGAAUGUGGUCAAGGUGGUAUCAGCGCAGUUUCUUGGCAAUAAGGCAUCGACCAACCCCAAUGAUGUUGGCCACGAAAGGGUCGUGAUUCCGGUGAGGGAAUUCCGUGCAGAGCCAAAACAGAUGGGAAUGGGCAGAGGGAACGAGGAAGGGCUAAAUGAGCUCGCCAAUGGGGAGCCAUGCACCAUGGGCAGCGGUGGCGCUGUGUGCGUCUCUCUUGCGCAGGUUCCUGAAACCGCCGAGGUGUCUGUGGACUUCUUUGAAGUCGUGUUUAAGGGCAACCAGGCCAACGUUGGGGGUGCAGCGUUCUUGGCUCCGGACAACAGUUCUGUGUGGUCAGCUCCGCGGAGCUGCAGCGAAGGUCAGCUGGCGGCCAAGCCUCUCAUCGCCGAGCACUGCCGAGAGCUGGGUUUUGACAAAUGCACAUUCGAGAACAACACUGCCAUAUCGGCUGGCGGGGCUGUCUUCGCCACGUACCCAGGCAAUGUGUGGAUGGAGUUGGAGGUCGACUUCAAGCAGAUGUCCGCCUAUUCGCUCGACGACCUUCCCAAGGGGAAUUUUGUUGGCGAAGGCGGUUACGGCGCCAACUUCGCCUCGCGAGCCCACGACUUGAACAUUACAUCGGCCGUGACCCCCGGCGGGUUCAUUGUCGAAAACCACCUCGCCGGCAGGAACCUGCCCCCCAUCACCAUGGAUGUUGCGGAUGCAUUCGGACAGCUCAUCACAGCAGGAAUUGCUGACUCUGAAACCAGGGUCACCGCGUCCGUCCCCUGCUUCAUCGACUUCGACUGCGUCUCCGGGCAGCGCAUCGCCGCGGCAGUCCGGGGCGUCGUGCGGUUCGACGCCAUCGUCGUCAACGGCCCCAACGCCACCUACACCCUGCAGCUGUCGGCGGACAGCGUCAACCGGAUCGUGGAGCGCCCGCUGUCCAUACGCCCCUGCCGCCCUGGGGAGGUGUCUCUCAACGUCAGCGUGGUGGACUACAGCUCGGGAAGGCAGGUCACAGGUCUUGCCUGCGAGAACUGCAGCGCGGGCCAAUUCAGCGUGUUUCCGUCCAGCCCGUGCAGGCCUUGUGACAUCAAUGCGGCCUGCCCGGGCGGCGCGGCUUCCUUCCCGAAGGACGGGUACUGGCACUCGGGCCCCUUCUCGGUGCAGUUCCACGAGUGCAUCAUCAGGGAGGCGUGCGCGUACGAGGGCGGCCAGGAGGGCGGGAGGGAGGAGCGCCUGGGGGGGUUCUUCACGAGUUUGACAGAGGAAGACGUCGUCGGCGGGCCGGUGUCCAACGACGCCUAUCCGCAGUGCGCUAAGGGUUACAGAGGUGUCCUGUGCGGCUCCUGCGAUAGCGGAUUCGGGCACUUCGCCAACGGGGAGUGCCGAAAGUGCAAUGGCGGAGGCAAGACAGUCGGCCUUCUGGUUUUUGUGCUCUUCUGGAGUCUGCUUUUUGUUGCUUGGGAACUUUUCUGGGCUAAAUGGGAGCCUUCUGACAUUGCUGACAAGGAGGAGUCGGAAAGUGCAGCGAAUGGACUGCGCACACCACUGGGAGGUGCUUCAGGGUCGUCCUUGCGCUCAGAAACCCCAGAAGUAGAGCUGGUAGCCGUGUCCAACGUAGUGCAGAUGGCUGCUCCAGCGCCGCCCCCGCUGCCGCCCGUUGCCGAUGGACCAACACAAGGAGAUGCGCACAGACUCAGGGAGUGCGCUGAGAAUGUUGUGGAGACACUGAAGAUCGCCUUCAACUUCUUGCAGGUGACCAGCAGUGGUGUCGUGAUUCGUGUGCGCUGGAACUCGGCGGUGGAGCAACUGCUGAGAGCUUGGGGUGAGACCCGGUCCCCGCACAGCACCAGGCGCACCUUGACGUCCGCUGCGCAUUGA